GGCCACCAGGGCACGUGUCCCCAGGAGAGUGUGUACUGUGAGAAACGCCUGCUGUCCCAGCACGCCCUGGCCGAGUGCCCCAAGCGCACCCAGCCCUGCACCUACUGCGCCAAGGAGUUUGUCUUUGACACCAUCCAGAACCACCAGUACCAGUGUCCCCGGUACCCUGUGCCCUGCCCCAACCAGUGUGGGACACCCAGCAUCGCCCGGGAGGAUGUGCCCACCCACCUCAAGGAGAGCUGCAACACUGCCAUGCUGCUGUGCCCCUUCAAGGAAGCUGGCUGCAAGCACCGGUGCCCCAAGCUGGCCAUGGGCCGGCACCUGGAGGAGAGCACCAAGGCACACCUGGGCAUGGUGUGUGCCCUGGUGAGCCGGCAGCGGCAGGAGAUCCUGGAGCUGCGUCGGGACGUGGAGGAGCUGUCGGUGAGCAGCGACGGGAUCCUCAUCUGGAAGAUCGCCGACUACGCCCGCAAGCUGCAGGAGGCCAAAGCCCGGAGCAACUACGAGUUCUUCAGCCCCCCGUUCUACACCCACAAGUAUGGCUACAAGCUCCAGGUCUCUGCUUUCCUCAACGGCAACGGGAGCGGGGAGAGCAGCCACCUCUCCGUCUACAUCCGCGUGCUGCCCGGCGAGUACGACAACCUGCUGGAGUGGCCCUUCUCCUACCGCGUCACCUUCUCCUUGCUGGACCAGAGCGACCCCUCGCUCUCCAAGCCCCAGCACAUCACUGAGACCUUCCACCCCGAUCCCAACUGGAAAAACUUCCAGAAGCCGGGAGCCUCGCGCAGCUCCUUGGACGAG